AAAGGCUUCUUGCCCCAUACAGGGUGCCAUCUUACCUUGGUAGUGGGCCUUUAUGAAUAAUUUUUCAUUUUGUUCUGUGACACCCUUAUAAUUUCCUUUAAUACCACAGUGGUUGAUGUAUUAACCUAAACUUGCUAAAUUUGGUCAUUUAAAAGUAACUACAUAUUCUCCUUUGAGGUGCAUCUUCCCCCAUCUUAACCUACUAUCAGUGGAUUCUAUGAGGUUCUUCUGAGGACCGUGACUCAUUAGUGACCGGUUUGCUGUUACCGGAUGAGGAGGGAGUCUCUUCAUGCUAAUUUAGCGGAUAACCGAGGCGGAGCUUGAACUUUUAAGUAGCCGAGUUCCCACAGCAGCCCACGCGUCCCGGAGCGAGUCCACAGGACAGUGAACCAUGCGAUACACUGGAUUAUUUAUAUCACUGCUUUCUUUUGUUUAUACAUGGGAGAAUCUGGAGGCAGCUUUACCUCAUGUGAUGCGCUAUGAUGUGAUCCGACUCCGACCUCAGGCACUGAAAGAGCGAGCGAGGAGGAGCGCCUCUUCUCUCAAGAUAUAUCCUGAACAACUUGAAUAUGAUUUUGCGGUAGACGGGAGGAACUACACAAUUUCUUUGCACAAAAAUAGGGAGCUUUUAGGAAAACAUUACACCCUCUCACAUUAUACCAAAGAUGGGAUUUCAGAGACAAAGUCUUCAGACAAUAUUGAUCACUGCUACUAUCACGGACACGUCCAUAAUUUUGAGGAAUCUUCAGUCAGUGUUGGACUUUGCUCUGGCAUGGAAGGGUUUCUGAGGGUCAAAAAUCAAGUUUACUUGAUUGAGCCACUAGAAGAGUCUUUGGAUGGUGACCAUGCAAUUUAUAAGCAAGAGCAUUUAAGGACCAAGCAAGGGGCCUUUGGAUAUAUUAAUGACACAGUCUAUAACCUUGGUCCAAAGUCUAGUGGGCUGUAUAAAGGCAAAAAUAUGAAAAACAAAGCCCCCAGUGGAGGACAGCGGAUUGUUGAGAUGUUUUUGGUCAUUGAUUAUACAGAGUACAACAAGUUUAAAAGUUUAAAGAAGAUUGAAGAAAGAAUGACGUUGGUCGCAAAUCACGUGGACAAGCUUUACCGGCCUUUAAACAUACGUGUCAGGUUGGUUGGACUUGAGAUUUGGUCUAAUAGAAACUUGAUUGAUGUCAGCAAUAUUCCAAACAUUACUCUGGAACGAUUUUUACAAUGGCGUCAGGAUAGACUGCUCAAGAGGAAGAAGCAUGACAAUGCCCAUUUUGUUACUGCUGUAGAUUUUGAAGGAACAACAGUUGGGUUGGCCACAAUGAAUGCUAUGUGCUCACCAUCCUCUGGGGCUGUAAAUGAGGACCAUAAUAUAAAUCCCAUCGCAGUGGCUUCUACCAUUGCCCAUGAAAUGGGACAUAAUCUGGGCAUGUCACAUGAUUAUUCAAACUGUGCAUGCUCCUCUGACAAGGGCUGCGUUAUGUCAGACACUAUUGGGUAUGUUUACCCUGAUUCCUUUAGUACUUGCAGUCAAUCAUCCUUAAGGGAGUUUUUGCAGAACUAUGACACCAGCUGUCUACUAGAUGUGCCAGAUGAGGGUGAAGUAUAUGGAGGCCCAGUUUGUGGAAAUGCUUUUGUUGAAAAAGGCGAGGAAUGUGACUGCGGAACUGUUGAGGAAUGUAACAAUCCCUGCUGCAAUGCCACCACGUGUCGACUGACCGAAGGUGCCCACUGUGCACAUGGAGAGUGCUGCCAUAAUUGCCAGCUGAAACAUUCCGAUAGCCUGUGCAGAAAGAGUGCUCACGACUGCGAUUUGGACGAGUACUGUACAGGAGUGUCAGCCUUCUGUCCUGAAGAUGAAUAUAAGAUGAAUGGACUCCCUUGCAAUUAUAACCAGGGCUACUGUUACAAUGGACAAUGUCCUACACAUAAGGAGCACUGCAAGAUGCUUUGGGGAUCAAACGCUGAAGUGGAUGCUGACACCUGCUUUAGUUAUAAUGUAUAUGACAGAACCUCCAAGAGUGCUGAGCACAUGAUGUGUGGGAAAAUAUACUGUUAUGGUGGGAAUAAUUUCCCCAUAACCAAUGAAAAAUUUGUAGUAACAAUUCAUUCAAAAACCUGCUACAUAGCUGUGGAUUCCUCGCCCACAGAUGACUUAGGAAUGGUUCCAGUAGGCACCAAAUGUGGCAGUAAUAAGGUGUGUUACCACAACCUUUGCCAAGACAUUAAUAUAUACGGCACUGAGAACUGCUCUGAUAAAUGCAACAGUCGUGGGGUGUGUAACCAUGAGAGGAAGUGUCACUGUGAUCCAGGCUGGGCACCACCCAAUUGUGAUGUUCAAUUCAACAAUAAUCAAUCAGAAUUGAGAAAAGAAUCUGUUAUAAUUGGUGUGACUGCAUCUGUAGUCAUUCUUGGAUUGAUCAUUAUUAUUGGAGCACUUGUGUUUCACAGGAACAAAAUAACAGAAUUUAGAAAGAAAAGGUCUUUGAAGGACAUCCACACUUCCUCAGGCCAGUGUAAUCUGGCAUUCCAACCAGGAAGUGCAAAGAACAGCCCCAGAUUCACACAAUCACGCAUAAGUCAACCAGCUUUCCUUGAGUCAUCCACUACUCUGGCCUGCAAACCUCUCUAUUCUCCAGCUACACCCUCUAGACCAGCACCAAUGCCUCCGAAGAAUGCACCACAAACUAGGACAGAACAGGUAGUUUAUCCUCCCGGCCCACCUCCUGAUAUUUCCAGAAACAUUCAUCCUGUUCAGGCAAAGCCCCUACUUCCACCAACUAAACCACUCCCUCCAUCAAAACCAUUGCCACCACUGGCAUCUAAACCUGUGACAAAAUCAAAACCACCUCCAAUGCCUCCUGUGAAGCCCACUGGGAUGCAGCCAGCAUUCAGUCCACCUCAGGUAAUCCAGAAAGUUGCACUGAAACCUCCUGUUAAGCCCAGAUGAUCUGGAACAACAUGAGUUACUCUAAAUCAUUGGGAGCUUCAGAAGAACCCGGGCAGAAGUUUUCGAGCUGAACAAAGCUUGUUGUUUUUUGUGAUAUAGCUCUGAAUAACAAAACAGAAUGUAAGAUUUGCACUGUAUGAAACGCUUUAUACUUUUGGUACUUUUUCUUUUAUUUUAUUGUAUUUUGGAUUUCUUUUUCUGUUUAUUUAUUUUAUACUUGUUUUCAGUCCGUUCAGAUUGUGUGUCUAUGGAAGUCCUCCUUUAAAGUUCACAUCACAUCGCUGGCUAAAUGGGGGCAUUUAAUUUUUUUUUUUUUUUUUGCAGUGCAUUAUGGUGCAUUCAUUCUUGUUUAUGCAGCUUUUAUGUAUUUGCAAUUUUAUAUUUUGUAAUUGAGAUUUAAUUUUUCAUUAUUUUGUGUAGAAUUUCCUAUUUACUUUUUGACAUUUCAAGAGGGGACAUGUAAAAAGGCUUGUUCCAUAUGGCCUUUCUGAAGCAUAAUCCGUCCUUACUUUAGUAAUUUGCCUUGUUUGUAAGUUUCUUACAUCUUCUUUGUUAUUUGGCUGUGAUCCUUGUGGUUUUUGCACUCAGACAAAGGCAAACAUUUUUUUGCCCACCAAAUAUUUAAAUUCAAGACAUGCAAUGAUCUCAGCUGGUCUGAUUUUACUCUUUAAAUAUGAGAAUUUGUUUUUUUUAAACUAUAAUAAAGUUUUUCACAUUUCUCUUUUAAA